CUAACCACACUUUUCAUCUUUCCUCCUCAAGUUUGCAGCAUGAUCUCACUGUUCCUGUCCCUGCUGGCAGCCCUGGUACUGACCCAGGCCCCUGCAGCCCCAGCUGAUGAUCUGAAAGAGGACAGCUCAGAGGACCGAGCUUUCCGCGUGCGCAUUGGCGCCACGCAGCUGCGGGGCGUGCUGGGCGGCGCCCUGACCAUCCCAUGCCAUGUCCACCACCUGCGGCCGCUGACCAGCCGCCGGGCCGCGCCGGGCUUUCCCCGGGUCAAGUGGACCUUUCUGUCCGGAGACCGGGAGGCGGAGGUGCUGGUGGCGCGCGGGCUGCGGGUCAAGGUAAACGAAGCCUACCGGUUCCGAGUGGCGCUGCCCGCCUACCCUGCAUCUCUCACCGAUGUGUCUCUGGUGUUGAGCGAACUGCGGCCCAAUGAUUCCGGGGUCUAUCGCUGCGAAGUCCAGCACGGUAUCGACGACAGCAGUGAUGCAGUGGAGGUCAAGGUCAAAGGGGUCGUCUUCCUCUACCGAGAGGGCUCUGCCCGCUAUGCUUUCUCCUUUGCUGGAGCCCAGGAAGCAUGUGCUCGCAUAGGUGCCCGAAUCGCCACCCCUGAGCAGCUCUAUGCUGCAUACCUCGGCGGCUAUGAACAGUGUGAUGCUGGCUGGCUGUCCGACCAGACUGUGAGGUACCCCAUCCAGAAUCCACGAGAAGCCUGCUAUGGGGACAUGGAUGGCUACCCUGGAGUCCGGAACUACGGAGUGGUGGGUCCCGAGGACCUGUAUGACGUCUACUGUUAUGCUGAAGACUUAAAUGGAGAACUGUUUCUAGGAGCCCCUCCUGGCAAGCUAACAUGGGAGGAGGCUCGGGACUACUGUCUGGAACGGGGCGCACAGAUUGCCAGCACAGGCCAGCUGUAUGCAGCCUGGAAUGGUGGCCUGGACCGAUGCAGCCCCGGCUGGCUGGCUGAUGGCAGUGUGCGCUACCCCAUCAUCACUCCCAGCCAACGAUGUGGCGGGGGUCUGCCAGGAGUCAAGACCCUCUUCCUCUUCCCCAACCAGACUGGCUUCCCCAACAAGCAGAACCGCUUCAAUGUCUACUGCUUCCGAGACUCUGCCCACCACUCAGACUUCUCUGAGGCCUCCAGCCCAGCCUCCGAUGGACUAGAGGCCAUUGUCACAGUGACAGAGAAGCUAGAGGAACUUCAAUUGCCUCAGGAAGCUAUGGAGAGUGAGUCUCGUGGGGCCAUCUACUCUAUUCCCAUCACGGAGGAUGGGGGAGGAGGAAGUUCCUCUCCAGAAGAUCCAGCAGAGGCCCCUGGGAUUCUUCUAGAAGAGGAAGACAUAGGCCUGGAGGAAGAAGAAAGAUACAAAGACACAGAGGUUCUGGAGGAAGAGAAGGAGCAGGAGGACCUGUGGGUGUGGCCCAGGGAGCUCAGCAGCCCUCUCCCCACUGGCUCUGAAACAGAGCAGUCCCUCUCCCAGGUGUCCCCACCAGCUGGGGCAGUUCUGCAGCUGGGUGCAUCACCUUCUCCCAGGCCUCCGAGGGUCCAUGGACCAUCUGCAGAGACUUUACUCCCCCCAAGGGAGGGAAGCCUCACAUCCACUCCAGAUGGAGCAAGAGAGGUAGCAGGUGAAACUGGAAGCCCCGAGCUCUCUGGGGUCCCUCGAGAGAGCGAGGAAGCAGGGAGCUCCAGCUUGGAGGAUGGCCCUUCCCUGCUUCCAGCCACAUGGGCCCCUGAGGGUACCAAGGAGCUGGAGACCCCCUCAGGAGAGAAGUCUGGAAGAACUGUUCUGGCAGGGACCCCAGUGCAGGCCCAGCCAGUACUGCCCACCGACAGUGCCAGCAGAGGCGGCGUGGCUGUGGCCCCCUCACCAGGUGACUGUAUCCCCAGCCCCUGCCACAAUGGUGGGACAUGCUUGGAGGAGAAGGAGGGUUUCCGCUGCCUGUGUUUGCCGGGCUAUGGGGGGGACCUGUGCGAUGUUGGCCUUCACUUCUGCAGUCCUGGCUGGGAAGCCUUCCAGGGUGCCUGCUACAAGCAUUUUUCCACACGGAGAAGCUGGGAGGAGGCAGAAAGCCAGUGCCGAGUACUAGGUGCGCAUCUGACCAGCAUCUGCACCCCAGAGGAGCAGGACUUCGUCAACGAUCGCUACCGGGAGUACCAGUGGAUUGGACUCAAUGACAGGACCAUCGAGGGUGACUUCUUGUGGUCAGAUGGCGCCCCUCUGCUCUAUGAAAACUGGAACCCUGGGCAGCCUGACAGCUACUUCCUGUCUGGGGAGAACUGUGUGGUCAUGGUGUGGCAUGACCAGGGACAGUGGAGUGAUGUGCCCUGCAACUACCACCUCUCCUACACCUGCAAGAUGGGGCUUGUGUCCUGUGGACCUCCACCACAGCUGCCCCUGGCUCAAAUAUUUGGUCGUCCUCGGCUGCGCUACGCGGUGGACACUGUACUACGAUAUCGGUGCCGAGAGGGGCUGGCCCAGCGCAACCUGCCUUUGAUCCGCUGCCAGGAGAAUGGGCUAUGGGAGGCCCCUCAGAUUUCCUGUGUGCCCCGAAGGCCUGUGAGUGACAAGGGGAAACAGAUGGGGGCCACCAGCUACUUAGAAGCCCUGGGCUUAAGACCCAUCUACCUGUCAUUCCCUGACUGUUGGACACCCCAGAAGGGCCGUAGGGACAGCUCCCAAGGCAUGGAAGGCACUGUUGACACCUCUGUCCAGUCUAUAGGGAGCCAGCAUGGAAGACUGCUGCCCCGUACUGCCCUGUCACUUCGACUGCCUGCCGGACAACGGUUGCUCGCCAUCCCCUUGCCUCCUACAGUACUGCCCCAACCUCACUGGGGGCCUUUGUCUGUGGGUCUGACUUCUGUGUGCGAGAGAAAGGGCCCCAUUGUCCUGGUGUCCACAGUGACUUAG